AUGCGAGGGCCGCCGGCCGGCCAGAACGCACCCGAGAAGCGUCAGCUGGUGUGCCGGACGUACAUGGUUCACUAUUUGGACGUACAAGCGCGCUCUCCUUCCGCCUACACCUGCACCGCGCCCACUCGCCCGCCAUUCCCGCUGCCCCCCCCCAGCCGCCCCACCAAGGCCGUGCUUGACUUCUCCUCGAGCGUUCCCGUGCAGCGGUUGGGGGGACAGCAGGGGGUGGCGUCUCGGGAGCAGCUGGUGUGGAAGUGCGAGCAGGCGCCGCUGCUGUGCGUGCAGGCCAUGCUGCUCGAGUGGCUGGCUGAGCCGCGCGUGGGCGUGCUCAUGGACCUGGGGAGGAUCCCAUCCCGCCUGCCUGCCAUCCUCGCCUACACACCUGCUGCUGCACCCUGCCCUGCUUCUCUGAUAUCUCUUGCUGAAGCGUCUCAGUCUGCUACCCCCCCUGCUGCUGCUGCUGCGUGGUCGUGCUGCUGGCGCUGCACCGGCUGCUGGGCUGCGUACCGCCGUGCCGUCAGAUUCGCGGCCUUCCUCGUGCUCGUGGCGAGGUCCCCGCACCUGGUGACGCUGUGGAAGGCGCACAUGGACUCGCGCGCGGCCACGUUCACAGCGCUGCUAACGGAGCUGGGAGCGCGUAGGCACGCCCAGCCGGACUGCUUCGCGUCCAUGCUGGUGCAGGUGCUGGGGGUGAAGGAGCGCGCUGACCUGCAAGAAGGGUUUGGUUUCUUCCUGCAGCACCUGCUGCCGGGCACACUGGAUACGGCGGGUGGGAAGGCGCAGGGCACACGGAAGAAAGCUGCGGCUCUGGGCAACGCGGGGCCGGUUGCAACGGCUGCAGUGCGGCUGAUGGGCGGUGGCAGGGGAGCGGAGGGCAUAGGGGGGAGCAGUGCAGGUCGCGGGUCAGGGGAUGAGGAGGAUGGGGGAGAAGGCGACGGUGGCAGGCAGGGGCCAGUGGGUGGUGGCGGUGAGGGCGGUGGGGAUGGGCACGGCGGGCAGUGGAGGAAGCAUCUGAAGGGGCGUGUGUGGGAGAGGUAUGUGGAUGGCAUGGCUUGGAUCCUUCAGCAUGGAGGUGGGAAAGGGAGGGAGUUCCGGUGCAGCCACUGCAGUGAGGAGGGCACCAGCAGUAGCACCAGUGGUGAUAGUGGCAGUCGUUGUAGCAGCGCCUACGGUGGCGACAGCAGCAGUAGCAAUGGUGGUAGCAGCAGUGGUGGUGAUGUGGUUGGCAGUGGCAAGUACAUGGGAGGCAGGGAUGUACCCAGGGGCAUGUAUGUGAGUGGCGUCGGAGCCACUGACUUCGCGCUGGCAGUGGCAUCAGUGCUGUCGCUGCCAGGGCACUAUGAGGACCAGUCGCUCAUGCUGGACGGCAACAACGCUGCAAAGGCCAAGGUGGAGAAUGCUGCCAUCCGUGACUCCAGGAGCCGCUUGAGGAAGAGAGCGGGCGACACAGGGAGAGCAAGUGGGGGAUCCGGAGCAACAGCCACGGACGAAGCAGCAGGCAGGCCAAACCCACUCUCCAAAGCCAGUGCGUUGAAUGGCAGUGGUACAGCUGGCAUUGGCACUCGUGCUGCGUCAACCUGCUCGUCACCAUGCCACCUGUCUUCCACCACCACCUCCUCUUCCACCACCCAUGCUCUUCCUCCUGCCGCUGCACCAACUGCACCAACUUUUGACGCACCUCAGGAAUCCACGGCAGCGGCUCAAUCCCGUGCCAUUCUCACCCCUGGGCUCGUACCUGUCAACACCCACCCUGCUAUGGCUCUCCUAACUUAUCGAGUCGCUUGCAUGUUGCAGUGGGUCCGAAUCUACGGCUCGGAUUUCAUCCCGAAGAACUGCUGCUCCAGGGAUAGCCUUCAGGGGAAGGUCCUGCCCAUGCGUCACCCCUUUAGGGACCUUCCGAGCCUGCUGCUCAGGUUUAGUGCCAUUCCGAAGCCGGUGGAGGGAAGCGACUUCCCCUUGGAGUGGGAGGAGUGGCCUGAGGGCGAUGACGCUGCUGCCAAGUUCCCUCACGACCCCACUGCCCGUUUCUUUGGACUUGGCAUUGUGGAGACGAGUGCCAUGGGCGACGAGAGGGGCUCUCAGCAUGGCUUGUCAGAGGAGACUGAGGUGGUAGAGGAGUGUGACGUGACAGAGGCGGGUGGGCAGGGGCCAUCAGAGUAUGUGCAACGAGCAGCAGGGAAGGGCAAGGCUGUGAAGGGGAUAGGAAAGAGGGGGAAAGGAGGGUACGGGAGUGGUGGCAAGAAGGCGGAAUGGGGGCCUGAAACGAUUACAGAGCGUGGCAAGGGGAAAGGAGUUCUAGCACAGACAACCGUGCUGCCACCACCACGGCACAGCAAGGACCACUCGCAGCCAUGGCUGCCCAUCAUGCGGUGCCGCGCUGAUGUGGACUUUCUACUGGCGUUCCUGCCGGCCAUGUUGAAGGUCCCAAAGUGUUCCCACUGCCUCAAAUUCCUGGGCAUCUUCAUGAACCACGUGCCCUGCUGUGCUCUCAUCGCCAACUUCGCCUAUCGCCCCGUGGACGCCCUCGUCACGCGCUUCCUCUCCGCCUUCCCCGCGCAUUCUCCCCAGUUCGACCAGUUGCUCAAGGCGCUGCUGCUGCGCUCGCCUCUCACCGUGGCGGAGCACAUCCGGCUCAUCAACGAAUCCAGUCCUGCCGGCGUGCGGCUGGGCAUGAGUGCGCUGCGCCAUGAGUGCGAGCAGAUGACGGAGUUACCGAAGGAUGCGGGCAUGAGAAAGAGUGUGAUGCGGUUCAAGGCACGGCAAAUGCCGCUCUUCUUCCUGCUGGGCGUGGUGCUGUACCAUGCGAAGCCCAUCAUGGGGGUGUCUGACAAACACGACGUGGGCUCACACAGCGGGGACAUGGAAAUGAUUGCACGGAGGAUCGAGAGGGUCAUGGGGAGCGGGGGCAGUGUAGGGGGUGUGGACAGCGGGGAGGUGUGGGUGGAGGUGGAGGCGUGGUGCUGUGCCAUGAUGUGCGCGUGGCGCUCCAGCACCAAGGUCAUGGGGUCGGGGCUCCAUGUGUCGUGCGGUAAGGGCAGCAGCCAUGUGCUGCCCACGAGGGCAGGAGCGCCCAUGUCACACGAGUGGGGCGUUGACAUGUGGGCGCAGGCUGCCAAACCCAGGUUCCGUGACGACAUGCGGGCGAGUCGGGGUGGGUGUGGCGAUGCCUGCGCGGACAGCAACAGUGGGGUCAGUGGUGGCGGUGGUGGGAAGAGUGAGGGAGAGGAAGGAAAGGGGGAGGUGCCAGGUUAUCUGAAUCCAUGGCCCGGGGGGGUCAAUUUGCUGGCAUGUCUGCGAGAGAUGCUGCUGGGGAAGGUGUGCUACCGCCCUGCCUCCCCUGCUGCAUCGUGCACCCAUCCUGCCGCACCGAGUGUGUCUGUCUCCACAAGGCCUGUGCCCUCUUCCGCCCCUGCUGCGCCAAUCACUGCACGUGCACCAAGCAAUGCAGCUGCCUCCGUUUCAGUUGCACAAUGCCCUGGCGAUGCUGCUUGUAUCGGGUAUGUGUGCGGAGCUGCGGGGUGUGGGAGGGUGGAGGGUGGUGGUGGUGUGAAGCUGAGGAAUUGCUAA